AGACUGGUAGGGCUAGAGCAUUUAUUUAUGUAUGAUUUCGAAAGUUUCACGAGCUAUUCCUAUCGUAACAAGCUUGCUACUCUGUCUAAUGCGAAUAAGAGCAUGUUGAAGAAGAUGAAGAAGAUGUCAACUACAACAUCAAUAUACCUCUACCGCCCCACCCGUCGCCGGAUUUCUGCAGCUAGGGAACGUCGAAAUAAGCCACUUGGAGGCCGCAGCACGAUAGUGAACCAGUCAAGUCGAAGAUGUGACUGCUCCGGGUUGCGUCUCUGCAGUUUUCCAGUCGUGGUAGCAGCAGUUCUGCGUCUACUACUGCUCCGGAGGUCGACUUCCGCGACCAUGGUGUUGCGCUAUCAUGUCUCAACCAUCAUCCUACUGUUGAUGACCACCUUCUCAACAUUCGCCCUCGACGUCGCCGAGGUAAAAUCCUACAACGGCCCGGAAGGCACGGCCUGCGCCCCGCAGUUCGAGCUCACCGAACGGCUUUCGUACAAGACCUGGCAGUAUCAAAUGUAAAAAUGUCUGGGUCUGGAAACUUGUGAUGCUGGGUGGCGUCUCAUGAUGAGGCCACAAAUGCUGGCUCAGCAUGACAAGUUUCUGAGCUUGUAGGUGUUGCGUAUUCUGCAUGACAAACUGCGUUCCUGCAUCACAGAAAAAUGGAGCUCUUGUGUAACGUGCAUGACAGAUUUAAGAGUCAUGCCAGACAAGCAUGACAAACAUGCAUUCUUCCAGACCCAGACACUUUUACAGUUGAUAGGCAGCAGCAGAUCUGCCUUUCUUACGAAGAGGAGAUGAGCACGCAGCCGACGCUAUCAAACAAACAAGUGCAUACGUUAAUGAUUUUCACAGAAUGCAGCCACGCAUGGCAAAUUUUGCCUCAUGUGCAUUCUAUGCAUGACAAAUUCAUUGGGCACGUGGUGUUAUGCGUCACUGCAUCACAAAUUCCGUUUCCGUUGACGUUAACACUUUUUCCUGUGAUAAGCGCCGAUUAUCCCCGACCCCUCCGCCGCGUCCAACCCAGCGUUGGGCACCACCCGGCCGCUGUACGAAAACGCAAACGCGUUUUACUCGGGCUACCGCCUGCUGGAGUGUAACCACGGCAAGGUGCGCCUGCAACGGUUUCCCGCCACCCAGCAGUGCAAACUGCACGACGAGUCGGCGUUCGAAAUUUUCGAGUUCAAGGAAGACGACUGCUUCCAGCCGAAUUUCUACCGAACUGGAAAGACGUAUGGGAGUGUCAGGAUUGAAAUCGACAGAGCUGAACAAAUAGUCUGUGAUGCAUAAAAUGGAUGCCAGUUGUAACCCAGUUUCCAAGUGUUGCGUGACAAAUUUGGGUAGGUCCGAAAUCCAGUUUGUCAUGCUGGUUGGGUAAGCAAGGCGCCUUUUGUCAUGCUACUUUAGUAGCUCAGUUUCUACCCCUCGAAAUAAGGCUUACAAUCAGCCCCACCCCCACUUGCCUAGUCUGCAAGACAGGCUCUUUGUGGGCUGCAUUUUAUGCAUCACAAAUUAUUUCAACUUUGUCGAUUUCGAUCCUGACACUACCAUAAAACGACCGGGCACUACGCGUACCAACCUAACAGCCACCGGUUUAUCUGCCACCAGAGCGAGGGAAUGCCGGUGUUUGUGACCGUGGUGCUGAUCUGCAGUGGGAUUUUGUUCUGCUGUUUGAUAACGUGGUAUGGGAUGUUGAAAGGAUUUGUAUUUGGUGCAAAAUUUGUCUGUAAAGGUUGUCAUGUACUAAGCACGGUUGUGUGGACGGCGCUCCACCAUUCUCUGUGGAGGUCUCCUUGUGCGAUCGAGGAAGCAAAGCUAGUAGGUUAGUAGGAAUUCCGAGUGUAGCACUAGCCUCUUGUGGUUUAGGCAUGACAGAUUGUUCAUCCACAAGCAAAUCUUUUUCCUUUCCACAUCUGCUGGUACAUCGUCGGAAGCGAGCCGAUACCGGUGGACUCGGUGAAAAGCAAGGUAAGAAAGAAGGGCAGGUUUCUUUUGACAACACAUACGAAUCCCACAUGAAGAUUUCAUGUUCAUUAUAACAAAUUGAAUCUAGCUGCAUGACAAACCCACCCGAAAAUAGCAACAAACCCAGCCCACUUGUACGUACAGGCACUCGAUGAAGAGCACAUCAGUCCACGAGCGAUCAAGAAAGUGAACAAGUCGCGGAAAGUGCACCUACAGCCGUCGCCGCAUGCCAUUCUGACGAGGCUCAGGGUAUAGUAUACUUGGAUUUUCGUUCAACAUUUUCUCAAGUUGACGUCUCUAGUAAGCAUGAGAUGAAAUUGCCUCUGUCAACAUAGCUUCUACGCAUGAGAAAGUCGAAACUCUCCCACUCUCAACAGGGUAUGGUUUCCCCGAUGAAAGCCACGAAUUCAUACGCGAAGAAACGGAAGAUCCUCGGCAUGGAGACCUUGCGCGAGUACAAUGACCGAAUCAAGUAUCCACGGAAUAUACAGUUUGCCUUUGCCGUUGUAGACGUACAAAAUCAAACGGUGUUGACGAUCUCGUCGACGCAGCGUGACAAAACUACCAAUGCACCUCUUUUUGUUUCGCGUUACAAAUGGCCGCGUGUUUCCUGUUUCCUGGAUGACCCAUGAAAAUCAAAGGAUUUGUGAUGCGUUUUAUAUUUUUUACAUUUACUACCACGGCAGUGCAAAAAAUUUGUAUUGCAUACCACCAAGAUGGUAAAGGGCAACAUCCGUGGUUGGACGGACUUCUGGCGGCGACCGCGGUUAGAUGCCGAAGACCAGCGAAACAAUAAGAUACAGCCAGAAAUAUCAUGUGCAAAACUAUCGUACUCGUCGUAUUGCAGUCAUGCAUUGCAAAUCUUUUUGUUAAGGCAAAUCAGCAUUGCAAAUUUCAUUUCUCAUGCUGAGGAAAUUUGUAAUGCAUUUAUACGAGUGCGAUACUUUUGCAAUGCAUAAGGAAUCAGCAUUCUCGAUUCGAGUCCAAACAGCAUCGGGAUGAACUACGCAGCGGAGCACGCGAUCGAAGACCAACGGCCGAUCCACAUCUUAUGAAAGCCUCAGGUUGGAAAUCCUCAAAGUGAACAUAAUUUGUAAUGCAAAAAAACGACUCCAGUUGAAGCACCAUUUCUAAUCGGCGCAUGACAAAUUUCCCGGGUACUCAAAGCGGGUUUGUCAUGCUAGUUAGGCAAAGGGGUGCCCUUCUCUCGUGCUAAUCAGCAGCCCAAUUCUGAAGCCGUAGAGGCACAGUAGUCGGCCUCAAGUGCGUUCUCUGCAAUACAGUCUUUUUGGUGUCGAAUUUCAUGCAUCACAAAUUAUUUCCACUUUGAUGAGAAUUUCCAUUCUGAGGCUUUCAUACAUCUCCCUCCCGAUGUCCACUUCUUCCGCUACCAUGCUGCCGGGGAUGGAACAAUUCGGAAAAUCAGACGCGACAACAGGUUAUCCCUUGCAAAAGUAUCGUACUCGUAUUGCAAUCAUGCAUAUACAAAACUUUUUCUAAAGGUAAAUCAGCAUUACAAAUUUUAUUUCUCAUGCUCUGGAAUGCAUUUAUACGAGUCCGUGCGAUACUUUUGCAAUUCAUACAGGUGGGAGAGUUACGAAACCCGAGAAAAAUAAGUCCAUCGCUGCCGCGCUAGACCAGCAGCGGAUCGAAUCCGGAAUCAGUCCGGUGAAGGAGACGGAUACGAGGAAUAAACAAACGUUUCAAAACAGUGGAUCAGCUGGCACUAGCCGCCCGAGCAUUCUGAAAAACAACAACCUCCCGGCUUUAGCUGGUUCUGCUUCUGCUGCUGUCCCGGCAGGACCACAAGCUCGGUACAAACCCAGUACAGAAGAGCGGCUUUUACCCCCAGAAGACGAUGAUGAUGAAGGCGUAGCAGGCGGCGAUAACCUCUACUACACGGACCAGCUUCACCAACCGUUUUCCCUUCCAGCCGGUUCCCCACCUGGAGGUGCAACAACUUCCUCGAGCUCCUCCUCUUCCAGAACUGGCGGCGCGGGACUGCAUCAGACGAUAAGAUCCACGGGCUUAGUUGUACCGCUCGGAGGAGGUACAUCCGGAGGCACCAACACAUCGAGUUCGAGUACUAGCAUAGCGCCCGUCCCCCCGCCACCCAUCGAGGGGAGUCACUUCCGGACGAGAACGACGCCGGACUCCAGUGCUUCGGAAACGGAGAUGCUUCAGCUGGGCACGACCAGCGAUGUACUACAACAUCAAAACAGGCUUCUGCAGCAAGGAGACCACGCAGACAACCUAUGACGGUGCACAACCACCCCUCCCCUUAUUUGUAUUGCAUAUGUGGCAAUACAAAGUAGAGUGCCGGUUUUGCAUGACAAAUUCCUACUGGAUUGUAGUGCUAUUUGGGCUACCCGAACUUGUCAUGCAAACAGUGCCAAGAGGCAAAGGCUGGACUGGGUAUUUUGCAUGACAAAUGAGCGGGAGGGGGAGUGGUGCACUGUGAUACAACCCGCUGGCGUUGUCAAUGAGCCGGAGUUCGGUGCGGUAUGUGGGUGGAAAAAGGAUAUCAAGUGCAGAAAUGUCUGGGUCUGUAAAAGUGUAAACUUGUCAUGCAGAUUUUCCAUGACCCAUGAGUUCUGGAAUGCGGGACUUAGCAUGACAGGCUCUGCGAGGUCUCUGUCAUGCCUAUCCUACAUGACAAACUCCCUUCCAACUUGGUCAAAAGUGGACAGCUUUUGGCACUCAUGCAACGCAGAUUUUUGCAUGCUUCAGAUUUACCAUGAGAAGUUGCCACCUUCCAGACCCAGACAUAUUUGCAAUUGAUAAAGGAUUGUGUCCACCGAUGAGUCGCAAAUGACGGACGAGGAAAAAUACCUGGCGAGCUUCUUUAAGGAGACGGAGGUGAUAUGCAUUGCAAAAGUAUCGUACUACGUAUUGGUAGUUCUAGUUGCAUCACAAAUUGGUUCAGCAUGGCAAAUGCGAUUGCUCAUGCGGAUUUGGCUUCAGAAAAGAGAUUUGUCUUGCAUGACUGCGAAAUACGAGUACGGUACUUGUUUUCCAGAGGAUAGGCGAAGAAGAUCGAAAUCUUGCAGCCUGAUGAGCUGGAUAAAAGGAAGGACUUGGUGCGGAAGGAUGUCGGAAUGUAUACGUGUUUUUUUGAAUUGUGGUGUUGGCAUGACAAAAUGUUGAUGUCAUGCCGUUUUGCCACGGCAGCGUAAAAAUUAAAAUACCAUCAAAGCCUGCAGCUCAUCCUCAUGAUGCUCUUCAACUUCAUGCGGGAAAUAAAUAAAAUGCACCAAAAAAUAGAACAACCACAACUUUACAGGUACCAGUACAACGAGAAAGCGACCAAGCGGGGCUCCAUCGCACGCGAGGCUCUGGCCAAGGGCGAGCACACGUCGCAAAAGAACGGAAAAUUAUGAGAGUGCACAACUCCCCCUGCCCCUCAUUCGUGUUGCAUGAACAGCAACACAAGUUCGGGCAAAGAUGCAGCUUUCGCACGACAAAUUCCUAGAGGAUUUUUGUAGUCGUGCUGUUUUGGAAUUCGAUUAUUCCGGAAUCUGUCAUGCAAACAGUAUUAACAGGCAAAGGGUGGAUUUGGAAUUUUGCAUGACAAAUGAGGGGGAUGGGGUAGUUGUGCACUUUCAUAGAAAUUCUUUCUCCACCACGACGUGGGCAAGGCGAAGAUCCGGCACGAAGUUGUUAGUGAGCUGGUAACGGCGGAUGAGUGGGAGAAAGUGGAGUCCACGAAGAAAAAGGGCCGAUUUUACUGGAAAAACCGCGUCACCGGUGCCUACACCUGGCGGAACCCCUACGCGAAAAAACACGACAUCUCGAAACAUAUGCGUCGCAAAAGUAGCGUACUCGGACGUAAACGUAAUUGCAAUCCUGCAUGACAAACGUCCUUCUGGAUCAAAAUCAGCAUUACAAGUUGCUUUUUUCAUACGAAUGCGAAUUUGUCAUGCAGUUGCUGCUUAGUGCGAUACUUUUGCAAUGCAUGAAGCAGAAGGAAAAGCUACUGCGCAUGAUCGACGAAGAUGGUGAGGAGCGGGAACAGCGGGACAUGUUCCUGGAAGAAGAUAACGGGACCAACGGGGAACUGUCGUUUUCCAGCAGCUUAGGGGAAGACGAGGACGAAAGUGCCAGUCUGUCGAAGACCGCGAGUAGUCCGCCAGGGGCGAGCGAAAUGAAUGCGACUGGUGAGGAGGCCGCCGUGGAGGUUCCAAUCGACGAAAAAUGGCGAAAACGGCUUGAGAAGAAUGAGCCGCUGCAAAAAGACAUUGAAAAAAUAAUGAACAAACAGAAGGAACGAGAACAACUACGAAGCAGAUAGAAGAAACACAGUAGUACCUGUAUGGGUACUAGUUAUGAGCAGAUGUUUCCGCCGCGUUUCAAAUAAUUCGAUAGGAAGACUAUAGUGCGCCAAUAAACAUUGAUUUCCCAUCAUUAAUGCAGCGGGCUGGAGUUUGUCGCGCCAGAAGCAGAACCGCAACCGC